UUCCGGUGAGAAUGAGAGUUAAGAUGAGAAACAUAAGAAGAAAUCUUCAUUAUUUGAUGCACACUAGGAUGAUUUACUCUAUACCUAAAAUCUUUAGGACUAAAAUUGUCAACCCACUAAACAAAUUUCAUUUUUUUUUAUUAACUUGGAUAUCCAACCCGUUAUGUGAACCAAUUAAUCUCAAAACGACUAUCUGUUUUGCAGAUAUUCCGGAGUCAUCGAAUUUGAACCUUCGUGUCUACAAGGGGAUUCUUAUUCCUCAUUGAAUUUGAACCUGAAACCUCCUGGUACUUUUGACUUUUGGAACAAAACUCACAUCAAUCAGGCACCACCCUUGUGGUUCAAAUUUCACUUUUUAACUACUUUUAGUAUCAAAUUCUUAUUUCAGUCAAACUUUACACAAAUACCUUACGCAUUUUCAUAAACCCUAUUUCCAGAUUUAAUAAAAAAAGAAACAAUUUUAUCUGGAUCACAGUCUUGACCUCCGAUCGAGCUACGAACACGAGUAGGUAGGCGGCUGGGGGCGGCAGGGCUACGCCUUUUCAAUUAAUCUCCUGCCGCUCCGCUAUUGGUGCGAGUUGCAAGAUAUCUUGAUCUCGAGUCAAGCUGGAACGUCAUCUGUCUUUUAAGUCAAGUCAUUUUCUAAGACAACUCCUCUUCUUUCUACAAUAAUCCAAACUGCAACUUAACGAGUCUGCUCGGAACCAGUCGAUUCCCUACACAAAAUUUUGCUUACAAAUUUACGUAAAGAUUCCAUUUAUUUUUUAAUUUGAAAAUAAAAYAAGAAUUCAAUUUAAAAAAUGGUUGAAAAAUGAAAUGGAUAGGUUAUUUUAGUCCAUUUUCCCAAAAUCUACCUACCUACAAAUUGGGCUAMCGUACUAUGGCGCAAGUUAGCACAAGCCAACUCCACUUCGGACAAUAUUCCGCAAUUGAUUGACGAACGUAGUCGCAAUCAUACAUCUCUCRAAUCGCUUCUCUCAAUUUAAUUCACUGACCGACGUCUUACACUCAUCGUGAUCAAUCAACAUUUGCUUGUAAAAAUCUUCUCAUUAUGUUUAGCGUUGAAUCACUAACGUUUUCCCCACCUAUAUCGUCGAUAGUUGAAGGUAAUUUGUUCGCGGUUUUUUUAUUUGAAGUUUGGCCUUCUUUUUGUUGGUACUUGCUGUAAAUUUCGUCAGUUGUAUGUUUGUUUCUCGUUUUUGGGCAGAAAUCUAGGGUUUAUAUGGUUAAAUGAUCAAAAAUCGUAAGCUAAUAUUGUUAAAACUGUAUUUGUUUCUAAUUAAUGUUUUGUUCUAUGUUGUUCGUUCACAGUUCUGGUGCAAAAAAAAUAAUGAGGCCUGCAAAUGAGAAUGUASCAUGCACGAAGAAACCGGCUAUUGAUUUGGUUUCAGCUGUCACRGAGUUGCAUGCAUUAAGUUCUCAUGAUCUUAGCAUGCUAAUCAGGAAUGCUGAAAACGGUACCAUUCAGUGGACCAAAAGCAAUGGAUCAUCUUUCGAGAUAAAUGUGGAAGGUCUAGCAAGCUAUCUUGCUUUACACCUUAUAGCAAAACUUCUAUCACCUAGACGAGAUGAACAUCAUCUCAGAUACUUGUUGGGUGGGCUACGAUUAUUGCAUACUUUGUGUGAUCUUGCACCUUCCCAUUCAAAACUUGAGCAGAUUUUGCAUGAUGAUGUAAACGUAUCAGAACAGAUGCUUGAUUUGAUACUCUUCAUGAUUAUUUUUCUUACUGGCCUUAGACAGAAAAUUMUUCCUUCAAGUCCUAUGGUCCUUUUGCACUCAGCCUUGUUGGCUAGCAGUUUGUAUCUGUUACCAGCAUGUAUUUCUUCAAAGUGGCAUGAGCUUACUCAUGUUCUGCUUGCACACCCUAAGGUUGAUGUAUUUACCAGUGUAGCUUUUCCUGCUCUCCGUACUGUUAUAUAUUUUCUUCAAGUGAAGCUGUCAGCUCAACAUACCGACACUCAUGUGACGCCAAAUGUUGAUGAAGUCCGYCAUCUCUGUGAGCACUUUGAGGCUUCUCUACAGUUUCUGCUAUCACUUUGCCAACAAAAGUUGUUUCGCGAACGCCUAGUCAUGAAUAAGGACCUAUGUGAAGAAGGUGGUGCUCUUCUGUUGGUUCAGGACAUAAUGGAACUGCCACCAUGUGACGACUCCAAUCUUAUGGCUGUGGUUUCUAGGCUAAAAUCAAAAGUUUUAUCUAUUAUGCUGCAUCUUUGUGAAACUGAAGUAGAAAGGGGCUCUUUCUUGGAUUUGGCUGCCAGCACAACUGGAGGCUUGGAUUUAGCCAAGUCUAUUGUAUUCCAGGUCCUUGAAGUGCUAAAGAUCAUGUUUUGUGGAGAUCCCAAUGGUCCCUCUGCUUGCUCCUUCAAAGGCCAUCCAAGGGGACUUUUGCAACUCAACGCAAUGCGACUAACCGAAAUAUUCUCUGAUGAUUCUAAUUUCCGAUCUUACAUAGUGUUGAACUUUACAGAGGUUUUGACCGCAGUGUUUUUGCUACCACAUGGAGAAUUCUUGUCUAGUUGGUGUUCCUCUGCUCUUGAACCUUCUGAAGAGGAUGUUACAAUGGAAUAUGAUUCCUUGUCAGCUGCUGGAAAGGCUUUGGGGCUGUUCUCAACAUCACAUGUUGUACAAUCUGCUGUCACUACCCGUCGUGCUUCUCAGAGGCCCUAUGCACGACAAAAAACAUCUUUAUUGGUCAAAAUAGUAGCUAAUCUCACCUGUUUCAUUCCCGAUAUCUGUAAAGAGGAGGAGGGUCUCUUUGUUAAUAAGUUUCUCCAGUGCUUGGAAAAGGAACUUCCACAGACUGGUGAUGCUGAGAGAGCAGCUGCGGCCUGCCGAAACCUGCAUUCGCUAUUGCAUCAUGCAGAAUCUUUGCGUGAAUACCUUAAUAAAGAUGAUGUGCAGCUUCUUAGGUUGUUCAUUAGGCAACUGGAAGCACGAAUUACUCCUCAAGAAUCCACUAUUCACCGAGCCAAGGAGUUUCAGAGUAGAGGUCAAUGCUCAUCAUCUGCACCUCAAAGAUUAUCUCCAGAAGGAUGUGGCAGAAUUGACAACCAGGAUGCGGCUGUGGACCAACUACACCAGUUAAAUUUAAACGGUGAACUUCGGUCUAAUGAUGUGGUGAGAGAAGACCAGAGGACAGGCGUAGCUGAAAGUAGUGAUAGAGAUUUUCAGAACAUUGAAACAAAUGGAUUGGAUUCACCCACCAUGCAGCUGAAGAACUCGAUUGAUAGAAUGAACAACGUAGAAGGUAUUCCUGAGGACCAAAUUGUUCGAAGCGUGCAGAGUGAGGAGAAGCAGCUAAAGAAAAGGAAGCGCAACAUAAUGAACGAUGUGCAAAUAACCAUGAUUGAAAAUGCAUUGCGGAACGAGCCAGAAAUGCAGCGAAAAGCUGCGUCUAUACAAUUUUGGGCUGAUAAAUUGAGUCUUCAUGGUUCAGAAGUUACUUCUUCCCAGCUAAAGAAUUGGCUGAACAAUCGUAAAGCGAAAUUAGCACGUGCAGCUGCUAAGGAUGUUCGUGUACCUUCUGCGGAGGACGAUGCUUUUGCUGACAAACAAGGUGGCUCAGGAACGGACCCUGUCUCUGACUCACCUGAGAGUCCUGUUGAUGAAUUCUUUGACCCAUCUCCAUUUGCUCCCCAAGGGACCCACCAGAAAGACGUCGGGGGGACUGUCUUGAGAAUAUGUGGUAACGAAAACUCAGAAACUUCCCCUAGAAGUUCUUUUAGUCGUGAGCAUGGACAAUACGUUAUGCUUACAGAUGACCAAGGAGAAGAGAUCGGCAAGGGAAAUAUACAUCUAGCAAACGGCAUAUGGUUCGGAAGAAAUUUGGAGGAAUCGGGUUUGUGUGUUGUGGAUGUUAAUUAUCUUAAAGUGGAUAUAUUGACUAAUCUUCCACACCCUUGUGAUGCCACUGGUACCACCUUUGGUCAGGCUGAACAGAUCCUUGGCAGAAAGAGGGUUCUGUGGGAUUCCAGCAAACUUCUCCUGCUCCAGCCCCAGCUGCCUAGAUGAUUAUUAAAACAAAUCUUGGAGCUAAUUGUUGAAGUUAGAAAACUGGAGUUUUGCAGCUGCUGUGAGCAAUCCRUUCACAUCGAUAUUUAUGGCGUAACGGUAGAUAACUAAUCUAAGGUCUUGUUACAAAUUAAGGUAAACUUCAAUAGGGACUUGUACUUCUUUUAGGGUUUAUAUCRGUUCUAGUUUGAUUUGGCAUCUAAAAAGCAUAGAUGCCUUGGUAUCUCUACCAAAUGACAUUGCUUUGUGAAGGGUAAUUAAUYAUCAACUUAACGUGCAUAUGUUUAAUGUUCCAUUGAUCCUA